CGAGCGGCGGCCGCCACGGCGGCGGAGCUAGGUGCCGGGCGCUGCGUUCCGCCCGGCCGCCCCGCCUGGGAGCGGGUGGGGGCAGGAGCGGGGAGGGCUCGCGGGUGGAAAGGGGCGAGCCCCUCUCGUCCGGACGGGCAGGCGCGGCGCGGGCGAGCCGGCGCGGCGAGGCAGUGCCAUGCUGCCUUUGUGCAAAGUUGGGCGGCGGGCGGCGCGCCGCGCGCAGGGGCCCCGCACACCCGCGACCGCGCGCAGUCGUGGCUGCUGCUGAGUGGCGGGGGCCCCCCCCCGCUCCCCCCGGCCCUUGAAGGCGGAGAGAGCUCGCGUCUCGCUCGGCUCCAGGGUAAGUCCAGCUGUGAGCAGGGUGUUCUGUUCUUCACUUCCAGCAAGCCAGCACUCUGGAGCUGGAAGAAACUUGAUAUAAUAAUAGUUGACAUUUAUUGAGCAUGAAUCAAGGUUCAGAGUUUUAUAAAUGGAAACUGACAUGGACUACGAAAGACCCAACGUUGAAACCAUCAAGUGUGUGGUCGUGGGCGACAACGCCGUGGGGAAGACGCGUUUGAUCUGCGCCAGGGCGUGUAACACCACACUCACGCGCUAUCAGCUGCUGGCCACCCACGUCCCAACCGUGUGGGCGAUUGACCAGUACCGUGUCUGCCAGGAGGUCUUGGAACGUUCCCGGGAUGUCGUUGAUGAAGUGAGCGUGUCUCUAAGGCUUUGGGACACUUUUGGCGAUCAUCACAAAGACAGACGUUUUGCAUAUGGCAGGUCCGAUGUUGUGGUCCUCUGUUUUUCAAUCGCUAAUCCCAAUUCCCUAAAUCAUGUGAAAACCAUGUGGUAUCAAGAAAUCAAGCACUUUUGCCCUCGAACACCUGUUGUACUCGUUGGCUGCCAGCUUGAUCUCCGCUAUGCCGAUCUGGAAGCUGUUAAUCGAGCCAGGCGCCCGUUAGCAAGGCCCAUCAAGAGAGGGGAUAUUUUGCCCCCAGAGAAAGGCCGAGAGGUUGCAAAGGAACUCGGCAUACCUUACUAUGAAACAAGCGUGUUCGACCAGUUCGGAAUCAAGGAUGUGUUUGACAAUGCGAUCCGAGCAGCGCUGAUCUCCCGCCGCCACCUGCAGUUCUGGAAAUCCCACUUAAAGAAAGUCCAGAAACCUUUACUUCAGGCACCCUUCCUACCUCCAAAAGCCCCUCCACCGGUCAUCAAAAUUCCAGCGUGUCCCUCCACGGGGACGAAUGAAGCUGCCUGUUUACUGGACAAUCCUCUGUGUGCCGACGUCCUGUUCAUCCUUCAGGACCAGGAACCCAUCUUUGCACAUCGAAUUUACCUCGCUACCUCUUCUUCCAAAUUUUAUGAUCUGUUUCUAAUGGAAUGUGAGGAAUCCCCGAGUUGGGGUGAAGGAGCUUGUGAGAAAGAGAAGCAGAGUAGGGAUUUGCAGGGGCGGACAUUGAGUGUUAACCUGGACGAGGAAAGGGAGGAGGGCCCCCCUGCGACCCCCCAGGCUGAGCAGUGGAAGUCCUCAAGCGGGAGCCUGUUGGAGACUCCGGGUCUGGAAGCCGAGGGCUCGGGUCCCGAGACGACGCAGACUUUGUCCGGCUGGAGUAAGGGUUUCAUUGGCAUGCACAGGGAAAUGCAAGUCAAUCCCAUUUCAAAGCGGGUGGGCCUGGUGACUGUGGUCAGGAUGGACUCCUCAGUCCAGCCAGGCCCUUUCCGAACCCUGCUCCGGUUUCUUUAUACGGGGCAACUGGAUGAAAAGGAAAAGGAUUUGGUGGGCCUGGCUCAGAUCGCAGAGGUCCUAGAGAUGUUUGAUUUGAGGAUGAUGGUGGAAAACAUCAUGAACAAGGAAGCCUUCAUGAACCAGGAGAUUACGAAAGCCUUUCACGUCAGGAAAGCCAAUCGGAUAAAGGAGUGUCUCAGCAAGGGGACGUUCUCAGACGUGACAUUUAAAUUGGAUGACGGAGCCAUCGGUGCCCACAAGCCACUGCUGAUCUGUAGCUGCGAGUGGAUGGCCGCCAUGUUCGGGGGGUCAUUUGUGGAAAGCGCCAACAGUGAGGUGUGUCUCCCGAACAUAAACAAGAUAUCAAUGCAAGCAGUACUGGAUUAUCUCUAUACCAAGCAGUUGUCACCUAACUUGGACCUGGACCCACUGGAAUUAAUUGCCUUGGCAAACAGAUUUUGCCUGCCACACUUGGUUGCACUUGCAGAGCAGCACGCGGUUCAGGAGUUGACCAAGGCCGCGAUGAGUGGCGUGGGCAUUGACGGGGAAGUGCUCUCUUAUUUGGAACUGGCCCAGUUUCACAAUGCCCACCAGUUGGCCGCUUGGUGUUUGCACCACAUCUGCACCAACUACAACAGCGUGUGUUCCAAGUUCCGCAAGGAAAUCAAAUCGAAAUCUGCAGACAACCAGGAAUACUUUGAGCGGCACCGCUGGCCCCCCGUGUGGUACCUGAAGGAAGAGGACCACUACCAGCGCGUGAAAAGGGAACGAGAGAAGGAAGACAUUGCACUAAAGAAACAUCACUCCAGACGAAAGUGGUGCUUUUGGAAUUCAUCUCCGGCGGUCGCCUGAAGAGGAAGAGGGAAAAAAAAAACAAAUCAGUAAUCUGAUACGCCACUUUUCAAAGCACUACUGUAAAAUUAGUCUUCUUAUUAGCGAUAUGAUGUAGUUCAGGUUUCAGGCACUGACCUUCCUCCACUUUUGUGCAUUUAUCUUUGUUAGGAUCAAAGCACAAGCUCACCAUCAAUGAGCCUGGACAAAAAGGGAAGCUGACUCACUGCAUUCCUUAAACUAAUAUGUAUAUAUAUAUUUUUUUUUGGUUAGGAGGCUUAAUAAACUUUAGUCCGUUAUUUUGUUUCUUUUUAUACAAAGAAAAAAAAAUCCAGCUUUCAUGUUUCUGAUUCCAAAUUGGAAAAUAUUUUUAUAUGGUCUCUUGUAUUUUGUUGAAAUGAAAAUACUAUGUAUUACUUUAUUUUACAGGCCACAAAUUGACUACGAAGUCGCCCUGUGAUUUCUCUUUGCCCACAUGACCACCAAGCAUUAUUGCAUAAUUAGAGGGUUAUCCUUUUGUUGUGAAGUAAAGGGUGGGACUUACAUCCCCCCCCAAAGCGCAAGCUGGAGAAUGUUUAAUCUUUGUUCUGCUGAAUCACAUCGGUAUCAUUACCAAGUCAACUCCAAGAGUGUGUAUUUACAAUAUUCACCGUGUAAGUGCUACUAAUUAUAUGGUUAUACGUGCCAUGUAAAAUAUAGUGAUAUCAAAUAUUCUGUUGUUUAAAAUGUCUAGAUUCAAGAGGAUAAUCUUUGUAAUCAUUAGAAGGGCUUAUUAAAUCCCAGCAUUAUCCAGGGCAAACCCGCUGGUGGACCUGAAUACGUAAGAUACCAUUAGAGCAUCGGUGUUUGGAUUGCUGUGUUAGGGUUUAUGUCUCUCAGUGUUCCUCGAUCUCGCCAUGCCUCUGCAUGCAGAUUCUCCACUGACUUGAAUUGAGAUGGGCAAGAGUCCCCAGACUCCGUCCCGCCAUCCACAGGCUUGUCACAUCUCACCACCGAAAAACAGGCUUCCUCAGGUCUCUCACCUGUGGCCAACUUCACUUUAUAAGACCCACAUUUUUAACUCUUCCCAGGGAAAAUCCACGUCGCCGCAGAAGCAGGCAAAGGCAGACCACCCACUCCUGCUGCCUUUCAGCAGGGCCUGUGAAAGCACAGAGCUGGAGGCCGGGUCCCUGCCUUCUCCAACACAGAAAGGAAUCUAAUUCCAAGAGUCUAAGAAAUGGUGCUAUUGUGAGUUAGUUCUGACCCUUUGUCAUUCUGAGUUUUCAGUGUUAAAAUAGAAAGUGUAGAGCAGGGGAGCUUUCCUGAGGCAGUCAAUCAUUACUUGGGUAUAAAGUAAAAUGUUACAGCACACACACACACAUACACACACACACACACACAUACACACACACACACACACACACACACACAGCAUUUUAAGGCCACAGCUCCACACCUGCCGUGGAUGUUGUGUGGCAAGGGCUGCUGCUCAUUCUGUUGGAAGGUCAACUUGCUGAUGCUAAGGGCUGUUUCCUGUUCUUAUUUUUUCGUUUGUUUGUUUAACUUUUCAGAGAAGAUGAAAAAAAGAUAGUUGAGUCCAAACUCCAACGUUGACAGCCGUAUGCAUUUGCAAAUCUAUUUAGAUUACAGAGGGGCAUUUAAUACUGGCAGUGGAAACAUACCAGAUACGACAGCUUGGAGAGGCCCAGAAAUGCAUCACCUUCUCAUGACAAAAGAGGUGGCAGUGGAGUAGAAAUAGUUGUAAAUGCAGCCACCUUAAUGUUUUUCCAAUAGGGUUGUAAAUCAUUAAUGAAAGGAGAAAGGAGAUGGAAUAAGAGGAUAAAUGUCAAGACUCAGGAAGAAUUGGCAUGUAUCCCAUCGUAAAAUAGUAGAGGUUGAGUUUUGAAUGAGUAGUCAUAGUUGAAUUUUUUUACAACCAAAGCUCCCAUUUGAUUGUAAUCUUGCCAAAAUGUCAUGGACAUGUAAAUGAACUUGGGGUAUAAGCAAUAAUAUCCACUAGUGUUGUUAUCAGCUGCUGAAACCAAGUGGCUGGUUCAUUUGGUUGAUGCUGAUUAUGGCCUUUAACCAUGGUGGUUUCUUGUGUGUUUUUUAUUUCACAAAAAGCCAAUAAAAUUGUUUAGCUAUAAAA